AUGGCGGCCUACGCCCCCUCAAACGACAUCCCAUCAUACGCGGAUCACCGUGCCUUGGGGUCUUUCGAUCCCAACGUCCCGCCAAAGCCACCGCCAAAGCCACGCAGCGAAGACGUGAGCCGGCAAAGUACGCCCUUACUGUCACAAUUCUACCAUCAGCCGUCCCCUCCGAUGCCCGAACGGCCACUUUACGCCGAACAAGUCGGCCCUCAAGGUAUUCCACAGGCUAUCCCAGACCCAGGGCCUAACUGGCUGCCAAAGAUCCUAGAAGACAAAUCUAUACAAGAUCUCGAAGAGAUUCUCUGUAACCCCAAGCUCCUCUCCGCGACAUGUCACUCCCGCGAUACCGCCCACCCCUCCACCCCCGCCUCGGACGAAUCACUACAAGCUGCCCUGCGCGAGAACAUAGCCCUAGCAUCUCAUCUAAACGACGUCGAGGCCCGUCUGUCGCAUCUACAGGCCUCAACACAGGCACAGCUUCUCUCUGCACACGCACUAGAACGUCAAUGGCGGCAGAAGCAAUCAGAUAUGGACCGAGCGCUCUCCCCCUUCUCGCCAUCAUCCCUGUACCAGCGCCUGGGCGCCGGCGUGCAGGGCCAGGAGAUGGUGUGCCAGGCGCUGGAAGAAAGCUUCCUGGAAGGCGACGGCGCGGUCGCUACAGAGCGCGAGAUUACAGAGUGGGUACGCCGCUACCGCGACGCGAGGCGCCUCUACUACUCGCGCAGGGAGAGGAAGGAGAGGUGGGAUGAGGGGAGGGUUGGGGGUUGGCGAUAA